GAACUACAAAGAAUCAGCACAAUUACGACAACCAUAGAUCUCUCAAGCAACCAUUUUGAAGGUGUCAUUCCGAAAACACUAAAGGACCUCAGCUCACUUUGGCUACUCAAUUUAUCCCAUAACAAUCUCAUAGGUCAUAUUCCAAUGGAAUUGGGGCAAUUGAAUAUGCUUGAAGCUUUAGAUCUCUCCUGGAAUCGGCUCACUGGAAAGAUUCCACAGGAAUUGACAAGAAUGAACUUUCUAUCAUUCUUAAACCUCUCUCAAAAUCUCCUUGUUGGACGCAUUCCUCAAGGUUCACAAUUCGACACAUUUGAAAAUGACUCGUAUGGUGGCAACCUUGAUUUAUGUGGUCCUCCUUUAUCAAAGAAAUGUGGAACGAGUAAUCCAUCGCAUGUUCCUCAACCAUUGGAGGAAGAAGAAGAAGAUGAUGAGUCCUAUUUUUUUAGUGGAUUUACGUGGGAAUCAGUAGUCAUAGGCUACAGUUUUGGACUAGUUGUUGGAACUGUCAUGUGGAGUCUCAUGUUUAAAUAUCGUAAGCCAAAAUGGUUUGUGGAAUUUUUUGAUGGACUCAUGCCUCACAAAAGAAGAAGGCCAAAGAAGAGAGCUCAAAGACAACCGACUUAAUGGAA